AUGACGGAUCGACACGAUGAACAUUCAAAUCUUUCAAAUCCACAAAAAAUUGCUACCUCAUUAUUUGCCGGUGCUUGUGCAGGUGCCGUAGCAAAAACAGCUAUUGCACCAUUAGAUCGAGCUAAAAUUAAUUUUCAAGUCAGAGCCGCUCAAUUUAGUUAUCGUCGUUGUUUUAAAUUUUUAAAAGAGUCAUAUAUAAAUGAAGGUUUUAUCAGUUGGUAUCGUGGAAACUCAGCGAAUUUAGUACGUGUUAUUCCUUCGGCAGCUAUUAAUUUUGCAGCACAUGAACAAUGGAAACGUAUUCUAGGCACAGAUAAACAUGUAAAAACUCCUGGUCGACGGUUUAUUUCUGGUUCUUUAGCAGGUGUAACAUCUGCUACUCUCACUUAUCCACUUGAUUUAGCAAGAGCUCGUAUGGCUGUAACUAACAAAACUGUGUACAAUAAUCUAUUUUCUGUCUUUCUAAGCAUUUUCCGAGAUGAAGGUGCCACAGCUUUGUAUCGUGGGGCUCUUCUAUCCAUAAUUGGUGUAUUACCCUAUUCUGGUUGUGUUUUUUUUACUUAUGAAACCUUGAAACAUCUUCGUACAGAUUAUGAUCCUCAUCGUCCAAUUAAUAAAACUGAACGAAUGAUAUUUGGUGCGGUGGCUGGCCUUGUAGGUCAAACAGCAUCGUAUCCAUUUGAUGUUAUUCGACGUCGAUUGCAAACGGCUGCAGUUAUUCGACCUGAUGAAUCAUCUCUUAGAGCUCUAGCAACAACACGUAAAAUCAUUCGUGAAGAAGGAAUAAGACGUGGUUUAUAUAAAGGUGUGACAAUGAAUUGGUUGAAAGGGCCUAUAUCUGUUGGGGUGUCAUUUAUGACUUUCGAUACUUUAUUAAGAUUAAUCCGUCGAUCGUCGUUAUUUCCUCAGAAUUAA